ACAUUGACACAGAUGUCCUCUUUUACAAUAGAAGAGUAUAUGACUAGGUAAAACUUUUCUUAUACCAACCACCGUCUGACUACAACACACAAAAUACAAAAAUUUCAAAGUUGCCAAAACUUACACAGUUCCACUAAACCCCCAAGGCUAGCUUUCUUGAUUUUUAGACUUGUUCAAUCCGCCUGAAUUUGGCGUUGGAGGGUUAAUGACUCGCUCAUUUAUAACAAAUUCAAUUCAUAUAAAAGUUGGGUUGAUAUAUAACUCAACCCAUUUCAGCUUUGGAUGAGUCAAUUACUCGCCCAUUUUGACCCAUCUCAUUUCAGCAGCCCUAGUAACCUUUGGGCAAGUCAAUUAUUCGUCCAUUUGUUAGUUUAGCCCAUUUUGAUCUCCCAUUUAACACCUCUGCAGCUAGACAAAAAACAAUAAUGUCAUUUCUACCAAAGGACUUGCAAGGUUUAAAGACAGCCAACUAACAGCAACAACCUACUUUGAAACUGUCAAGCAGCCAAAGAUGAUAACAAAAUGAAUAUGUCAUUGUAAAAUAUAAACAAGAAGAAACUCUUUCCUUCACUUUGAUCAGAAAAUGGUCCAACCAAGAAUUCAUUCCAACAGUUCUUUUCUACUUCUUUCCUCUGUCAACAGCAGCUUGAUUGAUCUUAUGUAUACCAGUUCUUUCACUGAUUAGUUUUAUCUACUCACUUUUUGGCUGUAAUGAAUACACCAGGGCCACCUCCAACAAAUUCUUCUCAGAAUCAGGUAGUUCUGAAGGCUGUUAUAGCUGCAGUUGUAUCUACUUUGGUAGUUGCUGGCAUACUAUUUUAUUUCUUCUAUAGAUAUUAUGUAAUUCGUCGAUGGAAGAAAAACAAGUUGAGUUCAAGUUUUCGUAGAGAAAUGCCUCAUCAAGAAUUCCAGCAAACUGGGGCUUUAAAAGGGUUGAUAGUUGAUGAAAACGGGCUUGAUGUUAUAUAUUUGAGAAGAUUCGAAGGUAGCCAACUAGGAAGUUGUUUUUCUAAGAUUUGGGUGAAUCAUAUGGAUGAGGAUGAGGAUGAGGAUGAGGAGGAAGAGAAGAGGAUUGAUAGCGGACAAGAGCAACCAGUUUCAAGUGAUCACAUUCAAGAAAUGCCUUUACUGCAAAAUUGUAGCAAUGUAGGUAGCUAUGAGAAUAAAGAGGCAGUUACUGCAUCACAACAAACAACUAACUCACUCUUUGCAGCAAGCAGAUCUUCAAAACAGCCAUCAACCUCAUUACAGUUUCAACAAAAGGAAAUCAUUCCGCCUCAGCCAGAAACACCGUCUCAACUAGCACUUGUCUCGAGUCAAAAUCCGCCUCAGCCACCUAUACCUCCACCAGCUCCACCACCUCCUCCGCCUCAGCUACCAAUACCUCCACCAGCACCACCACCUCCUCCGCCUCCCCUUCCAAUGAAGAGGAUUGCCAAAGCACCAACACCACCUAAUGCAGGAAAGAUAAAAUCGUCUCCACCACCCCCACCAAAGGGUGGUGGUUUAAGUUCAUUGAUAAAACCACCUAUUGCACCAAGAGGGAAAGGGAGCAGGAAAGAUAAAGCAGAAGCUCAAAACGAAGAGAAGUCAAACGAAAACGGUGAAACUCAAGUCAAAUUGAGGCCACUGCACUGGGAUAAAGUCGUUGCUAAUGCUGAUCAUUCUAUGGUCUGGGAUGAAAUCAACAAUGGAUCUUUCCGAUUUGAAGAUGACCUGAUGGAAGUUCUUUUUGGAUACAAUGUCACUUCCAAUAGAACCCCUGAAGGAAAUAGGGCGACAACAAGCUCAGGCACUUCUAAGUUGGCUCGACCAACUCAAAUGUUUAUCCUCGAUCCUAGGAAGUCACAGAACACAGCAAUUGUGCUAAAGUCUCUUUCAGUCUCUCGCAAAGAAAUUCUUGAUGCCCUGACGGAGGGCCAAGGACUCAGUGUUGACACUCUAGAAAAACUAACCAAGAUUCGCCCAACUGAAGAAGAAACGUCAAAAAUCCUUCAAUUUGAUGGUAACACAAGAAAACUUGCUGACGCGGAGUCUUUCCUCUACCAAAUGCUGAAAGCUGUUCCUUCUGCAUUUAAACGUUUCAACGCGAUGCUUUUCAGAUCAAACUAUGAUCCAGAAAUUCUUAACCUCAAGGAGAAUCUGCAAACAAUUGAGCUGGGUUGUAAGGAAUUGAGAACAAGUAGAAUUUUCAUAAGACUUCUGGAAGCGAUUCUUAAGGCUGGCAAUCGGAUGAAUGCAGGAACGGCUAGAGGAAAUGCUCAGGGAUUCAACCUUAGUGCUUUACAAAAACUAUCAUAUGUGAAAAGCAAUGAUGGAAAGACUACUCUGCUUCAUUUUGUAGUCGAACAAGUCAUCUGUUCUGAAGGUAAACGUUGCCUUAUCAAUAAAGGUCACAAGGAUGAUUCCGAUAGAAAAACGGAAAAAGUAGAGAAAGAUACUGAGCACCUAACACUAGGUUUACCAGUAUUGCAAGGAUUAAGUUCCGAAUUCUCUAAUGUAAAGAAAGCAGCUACCAUAGACUACGAUAGUUUCAUCAAUACAUGUUCCACUCUUACAACACGGGUAAAUGACGUUCAGCAGCUCAUAACGUGUUGUGGAAUUGCUGAAAAGGAUCAAUUUGUAAAAGAGACUAAAGGUUUUCUAGAGGAAUGUGAAGAGGAACUCAAGGUGAUCAGAGAAGAACAAACAAGAGUCAUGGAACUUGUCAAGAGAACGACAGAGUAUUACCAAGCAGGAACUUCGAAGGAAAAAGGCACACAGUCACUUCAGUUGUUUGCAUUUGUGAAAGACUUUCUCGACAUGGUUGACAAGGUGUGUGUUGAUAUCACAAAGAAAGUACAGAAGAAGAGUGCAGCAACUGUAGAGUCAUCACCACCACCCCGAUCACCAAGACCAAUAACUCCUGUGAGGUUCCAUAACUUGAGAACAUACUUUACACCAGAAAUAGUAAGUAGUGAAUCUGAGAAUGAUUUCUGAUGGAACUUCAUUACUCAUAUUACUUCACUUUUAGAAGAGUAGAUUGUCAAAAACUAUUACUACUAAACUUGCCAUUUAUUCAUAUUUGGAAUAUCACAUUAAUAUACCGGUCUACCUGCUCCUUCCCAGAAAGAGAAUAAACAAUCUUACUUCAGGCAGGUAGAGGCACUUUGUUGUUCAGGCACUAGGAUCAGGUAAAGAGCAAUGUUCUCUACAAUGAUUCUUCUCAACUUGAGGAGUGACUCUAGAGCUUCAGGGACACUGAAGAAGACUAGAAUUUCAGACUUCAUCAAGGGUGUGUUCGGUAUGAAGGAAAACAUUAUCUAGAGAAGUUUUUCCAAUUUUCCCAUGUUCGGUUGGUCAAAUAAUUUCUCAAAAAUAACUUCCCUAAUGAAGGUAAAUAACCCACUUAUUUUCCAGAAUACAUUUUCCUCCAUACCAAACACACCCCAGAAGUCGUAUGAAGAAUGAAUGUUUCUUAAAGGUCCCCAUGGAUACUCAAACUGAAGGCAUACUGCAGAUCCUUCA